CACUCGAAGAGUACUUCACAAGAGAAGCGCACCAAAAAUCCUAAGAAAUGAAAGCGUUUAGUUUACCAAGCCUUCUGGUCUGCAUCUUCGGUGUCAUAUUGUUCAAUGCGCAAGGCAGUGAACAGUUCGCAGUGGGUGCUAGUCAAGAACCUGAUAUUGCGCAAGAGGCCGAAAGAGCAGCCUGUGAGGGCAGUAUGGGUCAAACCAAUAAGUGCGUAAAGGUCAAAAAAGUGUGUUACUGUUUCGUGAAAGCGCAGCAAUCUUGGGCUCAAGCAAACGAUUUCUGUAAAGCCAAUUCCAUGAAGCUACUGAGCAUCGAAACACAAAAGCAGCAAAAGGACGUUUCAGACAUUUUGAUGCCUCUCGUAUUAGGCUACCCUGUUUCAAAGCAGAUCGGAAUCUGGACCUCAGGAUCGUACAACAGCGGACAAAAGAGUUUCACCUGGUUAUCAACACAGAAGCCCUUCACUUACGUCAACUGGUUUUAUGGUGAGCCCAAUACCGGCCUUACUAACCAAUGCGUUCGCAUCCGAAUCGUCCCGGAAUCGUUGACCGACGGUAAAUGGGCUACUUUGGAUUGCAACCAGUGGCUGCCAUCUAUUUGUGAGGAUAAUUAG